UUUACGUUUUCGCAGUGAAUACCAUUUUUCCAUUGUGAAUGACAAUUAUUCAGAGUUGCAUUUGAAAACCAUCGGCUAACUAUCGCAUAGAAACGUGCGGUUUAGGAACAUCCAAAAUGGAUGGUGGACUAACUGGGAAAUUUUCGGAACGGCAAAACCUUACGGACCAUCCCCGAAAUGGAUGGUGGAUGGUCGUCAGUGUGAUGAGCCUAUUAACCCCCUCUUUUUAAAUAUUUCAAAGACUUCAGGAAAAUGGCGGAAAAUAUUACUGAUUGUAAAUAAUUUUUGGAGAUCCAUGUCAUCUUUCCGCUGAACUUAAAAACAACCACGAUAUCUUUCACCUGAACUGGUCUAAAAUUAUUAAACUUUCAUUACUUCUGGCGAAAAAGGUCAAACAAAAACAAGUAAGAGAGUAAUCGGUCUUAUUUUGAUAUUCCGUUGAACCGCUUCAGAGAGAGCGAAAAGAGAGCCAAAAACUGCAAUCACCUUCGUUUAUUCGCAGUCUUUAGUGUGACCAGACGGAGAAGCGGGAAAAUGUAGACAAAAAAGGGGUCUGAAUUUUUUGGGAAUCGAUAAAUUUCGGUUGAACAAAAAACAAUUUGAAAUAAAUAUUUAAUGUUCUUAGACGCUUAAUGCAUUAAAUGCUGUCCAAAUAUCACUUGUCGUAGCACUUCAAAUCGAGUUUCCAGCUAUUAUAUAAAAUGGAGUGCUUGGAAAAGGACAAAAUUUAAAGACAAGCUUAGAAACGGCCUUUCUCCAUUUCACUUCAGGGUCACAUAAUCAAAAAAAAAAAACAAAAAAAUGAUUAAAUAUGAACGACUUUGUUGCACUGUUUCCGAAUGUCACGAGAGUGGCUUGCAAGACAGCAGCUCUAUGUUCAAGUUUCCUACAAAGCCGGGCGUCAGGCUGAAGUGGAUGGAGAAUCUCUGCAUGCCAAAGGACGCAAAACUCUCGAAUCGACGGGUGUGCCGGCGACACUUUGAGCCGCACUGUUUCGGCAAGUCCAAAUUGUUCGCCUGGGCAGUACCAACGCUCUUUGUGGGCAAGACAGACGGACUGCACCAUGGCGCCGCAAAGAAGAAAAAGUUGGUGCGAAAGUGCUGCAUCGGGGAUUGCACGACACGAUCGCCGCCCGAUAGAUUGCACUGUUUUCCCACAGAGCCGCAGUUGCGAACAGAGUGGAUGAAGCUGUGCAGGCUUAAAGACGGUCUAAAGUGGCCGUUCAUAUGCUCCAGACACUUUCGUCCGAGUCUGCUGCCCAACAAAAACAGCAAGUUGCCAAAGCAAGCCUUACCUGAACUGAAUCUUGGCACUGACACUGAAGAUCCCUUGGAUCUCCCUCUCAGGAACGAGGCUGAAGAUGAGGGAAUCGACGAGGACAAUUCGAAAGGUACUGAUGGGGCUGAAUCAUGUCCAUCCUGCCAAGGAACCAAAGACAUCAGCGUUAGCUUGCAGCAAAAGCUGGCUGCUGCUCUUCUUAGAAUACAGGAACUUGAGCAGAGACUUGAAGAUCACGCGGACACCGAAGAGGAGGAAGAGGAGGAGUACAUUUUCAUGCUGAUGAAAUAAAUAGAGUACAUAUCUGA